AUGGAGGCUUUUCCUCCCUCAUAUGAACAUGCCACUGUGAGAGAUGUAUGGGCUAUCAUCGCACCGUAUAUCCCUUCUGCAGACCUGUAUACUGCUUGUCUAGUGUCUAAAGAAUGGUAUGAAGUAUUUUGCCCUUUUCUAUGGGGUGUGCCGACCUCACAUUUUGAGGUGGAUGAUGACGAUGAUGCUGCUGUGUAUGUUGCUCUAAAUCACUUCAGAAGAGUAUUGAAAAGAUGUCGGCAGCAGGUGCGGGAACUUACGCAUACUCUGCGUUUUCCCCCUCCGCCGUCUGAUAUAUACGGCGCGCCCACAGGAAUGUGGCUAGUCGAAAUUUUAGAAUAUCUACCAAAUUUGCAAUCAUUAAUUGUUCCAGGGUUGCCCUUUUUUGAUCACCGUUCGCUCACAGCGCUGGGCAGUGUGGGUUCUAACCAAUAUUGUCAGAAACAGACGUAUAAAUUACGUUUGCUACUUGCAAGUCACGAGCAAAAUACCACGACAGUCGGACUACGGAAUGCGUUGCAACAGCUUCCAAAACUAGUGUAUCUAGACAUAUCCUACACAACGGCUGCCCGAGAUCCUGAAGUGCUCUCUUCACUUUCGCCACUUCGUGAAUUGCAGGUGCUGAAACUACGGGGCAUUGGGCUGAGGAAUGACGAUGUUGACGUAUUAGCGGAAGCCAUUGGAACUAAAAUACGAUUUUUAGAUAUCCGGGAUAAUUUAAUAAGUGAUCAUGGUCUGAGAGGAUUGAUUCGAAAUUGUUUUUUGCGACCCGAUUCGCAAAGCGACUUCUUUGAACAGGCAAAUUAUCAGUUUGAAUGGUGCCUGCCAACUAUGCGAUUUGGGCAUAUUUUAACACCCGAUUCAUGGACGAGCGAAUACCUUGAUGCCCACUUCUUUGGACAACUCACUCUACGGCUAGAUGGCAGGUCAGUAUUAGAGGAUAUUCCCCAUGUUGGUAUUACGCAUUUGUAUAUUUCUGGGAACCACUUGUCCAGUCAGGGAGUGUUCAACCUUCUUAGUAUUGGUAGCCUUGUUGUUUUCGACGGUGGAACAGUUGACGGGCCUGACAAGAGCCCCAUAUUUUCAGAUAAAGGCCCUCUCAACGGCGCAGAAAAGCUCAUAUCAAUCCUCCGCCAACCUGCGACCAGAAAACUUACGUACCUGCGAAUUCAUCAUGCCAUUGUGCUGAGAAAUGUUCUCGUACAGCACAGCACAGGCUUACCUGCUCUUCCGCAAGAGCAGCCAAUUAAUUCACUUUCUGCGGAGACAUUUAGUUAUAGAAAGCAACGGCCAUGUUUUGAAGCUGCUUCGACGUCUGUGUAUGGUCUUGGGAGUACGUUGGUUGCGGAUCCAUUUCGCCCCAAUCCAUCUGAAGUACAACAAACAGAUAGCCCAAUACAAGCUGUGCCUGGAACCGCAUUAACAACCUCGGUAAAUCCUGAAAACAUCACACCACUUGAGAUCUCAGACCAUCUUUUGGGCCACCACCAGACUCCAAUAGUACAGUCACCUUUGUCCCCGCAAUUACGAGAUCGUCUCGUUCAAGAACUAAUUGCGAAACGCCCUCUAAUUCCCGGGAUAUCUGAGUGCCGAAGCGAAGAAUACUUCACGCCAUUUCAUCCUUCAAGUCUUCCCAACCUCCAAUCCUUGGUUCUCACUGAUCUCCCGUCUUGUGCCCCCGCUACAUCCCCCUUGUUAUCCUCCCUCAAAAGCUUUAUCUCGGCAUGCGCUGAUGAAGCCUGUCUGGCUUCAUUACAAGCCGAAUCAAACUACUCUCUUCCCCCAGGGUUAUCGCGGGCUAAAGCAGAGAAGCAACUUGCAAAAUCUCUAUUUGCUCUAGAAAGUAUAGUUCUAGAAGUUGCUCCGGCCCGAAAACCCCAAAACCCUAGCCUCUGGCCCCUUUCCAUUCAUAAUAUAUCUAUGCAUUCAAAGUCUAGCACGGGAGAUAGGGACUCGGAGAAUCUGUGGGCUGCAGCUGCAAAUGAUUUUAGCUUCUUUGUCGGAGAAAGGUGUGGUACACCAAUGGUUGCAGAGGCUGUAGGUGAGAAAGAGUCCCCGGCAGCACAUGGUGAUAACUCAAAGCAGCCAGUCACACAAAAGCCAGAAACGUUGAAUAGUUCUAUAAGCCAUCAUGAAGCUGUACCAAGACAGCAUUCAGGCACAAACUUGCCUCAAUCGCGUGACUAUGUCAGCCAAGCCUCCAUGGGACCGGAAGUAGACCUCGUCAUGGCCCUGGCAUCUUUUCGUAGAGAAAGGAAGGCGGUAUAUAAUAGCCUAUUGAAUAGGGAAAAGCAAGCCGAACUUCGAACGGAAACUAUACCAAGUCAUGUCGAAGGUCACUGGAAGGGGGAUAUUAAGAUUGUAAGGAUCUAA